AUGAAUAUAUUUCGACUCGUAGCGGAUUUGAUGCAUUUGGCAUCCAUCUUUAUAUUGUUGCUAAAGAUCAGAAAGACAAAAUCGUGUGUUGGCAUCUCAUUCAAGACGCAAUUGCUGUAUUCUAUUGUCUUUUUGACCCGUUAUUUGGACCUGGUGGUCAAGAGAGUGUCUGUCUACAACACAGUGAUGAAGAUAUUCUUCAUCGCGUCGUCCAUCUACAUUCUGUACCUGAUGCGUUUCAAAUACAAGGCGACGUACGAUGCUGGAUUAGAUACUUUUAGAAUAGAAUACCUGUUGGUUGGUGCUGCUGUGUUGGGUGUAUUGUCCGCCUAUGUGUAUACAGUGAUUGAGAUACUUUGGAGCUUUUCGAUCUGGCUAGAGUCUGUGGCUAUUUUACCACAACUGUUCAUGCUGCAGCGAACUGGAGAGGCAGAGACCAUCACCACUCACUACUUGUUUGCACUCGGUGCGUAUAGAGGGCUUUAUUUGCUGAAUUGGGUAUAUCGAUACGUUGAUGAGGGACACACAGACUGGAUUGCCACUGUUGCGGGAUUGAUCCAGACAGCGUUGUACAGCGACUUUUUCUACAUUUACUACAUGAAGGUGAUCAAGGAGGGCCAAAAGUUCGAACUACCAAAGUAA